CACCCCUCCUUCCGUUCCAUCUGCACGUCCAUUGACAUCUACACAGGGUGGAAUAUCUUCAAGUAUUGUGCUUACACACUCUCCUUCAGAUCAUAAUCAAUCCAAAUCCGAAUAGUCACCUCCCACCGAACUCAAAACAAACACUUAGUACUCCUUAUCAGCUGUAUACACCACACAACAUAAACAAGCAGCCCUCCACCACCACCAUUACCAACAGUACCUACCUAGUACAACCCAAAAUGGGCGACCACACCCUCUUCUUCUACGGAACCCUAAUGUCCCCCCAAAUCCUGCACCGAGUAAUCCACGGCCGCGCCACACCGGAACCCUGGCAACGAGCGUACCUCACCAUCCGGCCCGCGGUUCUCCCCAACUACCGGCGGCACCGGGUGCGGCACGCCGACUAUCCGGGGAUUGUAGCCGGUCAUGCAAGCUCCGCCUCGGUGCUGGGGACGUUGGUGACCGGGUUGACGGAGGGGGAUGUUUAUCGGUUGGAUUUGUUUGAGGGGGAUGAAUAUACCAAGGUCAAGGUCAAGGUUAAGGGCACUGCUACUGCACCUGACGGGGCAGAAGCAGAAGCAGAGGCAGAAGCAGAAGUCGAGGCGCUGACGUAUGUCUGGACGGCCGGGAGGGAGCGGUUGGAGGAUGCCGAGUGGGAUUUCGAGGCCUUCAAGAGGGAUAAGAUGGCUUGGUGGGUCGAGGCGGAUGAGCGGGAUUGGUGACACUCCAGAUUUUACGAGUAGACCUUGUAGAGAAGUCGAUCUAUCUGUGUCUUCUGUUCGAACC